AUGAAGAUAACUCCUAGCGUGGUACUAGAUGCCCCUACCUACUACGUGAGUCACUUUAAUGGAGUUUAUGAUACUGAGAAGUGCGUAGUGAUUCGAGACCUCGGUAUCGAAUGUGAUGACGAGGCGAUGCCUGCUGUGCUAGCAAAAUUACCAAAACCGACACAUGUUUUAGACCUCACAAACAAUGAGCUCAACCAAAUACCAGAUCUUAGUGCACAUGAUGAGAUAACGACGUUGCUGUUAGGAAGGAAUCGCAUCUCGAAAAUCGAUGGCAGACGCCUUCCAAGAAGACUGCGAAGGUUAGUGUUGUCUAAUAACGGGGUCGAACAGUUAGCAGCGCUUGAAGGCCUCCGAGAUGCGCCUAAAACAUUAGAAAAUCUUAGCUUACGAGGCAACAGUGUGUGCCAUUUAGAAGAUUAUCGAGUCUUCGCGCUAUCAAGAGCGCCGCAACUGAAGACUUUGGAUUUCACAAAAAUUAGCGACCAGGAGCGCAACGCAGGGUGCAAGUUCCGGAGUUCUCCAGGAAAAGAUAUUGCACCUUCACGGCAAAAAUUCAAAGACAAGAAUGAGGAAAUUAUGGACGUUAUAGUAGGGAAGAUGAGCGACGAAGUUAGAAAUAGGUUGAAGGAUGAAUUAGCUGCUGCCUCUACACUAGAUGAAAUCGAACGCAUUGAAAGUUUGCUUUCAGGAGGUGUUUGA